UGACCCAUUCAGUUGCAUUGGCAGUAGUUAUUUUGUGCUCCAGCCAUGCGUUAGUGAAUUACAAAAACUACGUAUCUUUAGGGUGUUGGUGGCUUUUUAAUUCUCAGGUACAACGAUGAAAACCUUGCCUGCAGAGAUGUAUUCCACGUGCUUAAGUGAGUAACAGUGUGCACAUACACACGAGGAACACUGCCAGCACUAACAGUGACAUGGCACUGGCUUCACAUGACUUGUCUGGGAGGGGACAGGGAGCUCCUGCUUGGAAACACCCCCGUUGCCCUUGCUUAAACCCUCAUACAGUUUCGACAGCAGUAGUCAAAAGUGAGGAGUUAACUCUGGGCUCUGAAUAGAUACAAAGGACCUCUCCUAGGCUACCAUCAGCAGGAGCUUUUCUAGGAACGAAGGUUCCCCCUAAAACCGUGCAGUACUUGGUAGGACAUCAAACACCAUAUCUGGUCCUGUGUCUGUCCACACAGAGUGGCUGAUAUGCAACUGUUCAGGUGACCAGUUUAUUCCUCCUUUCUGAAACGCUGCAAGAAGAGUACUCCCAAGAGGCUUCCCACCAUCAUGAAGAUGGAAGCAGACUCUGGAUAUUCCUCCUCUGCUGAGCUGCAGAAGCAGGGAAAGAAGCUCUCACAUGCCUUGAGGAUCAGUGCCUACGUCUUCAGUACAGGCCUGCUCAUGUUCACUGCCUUAGUGAACUCUGCUUCUUGGUUUAUGCAGAAAAUAACUUUAGGCAAUUUCUGGCAAACGGCAUGGUUGGAGUUCUAUGACCAUAUGGAGGGAGAUGAGUGGACAAUCUUCCUCAUUGGGGCUGCAUUGGUGCCUGCACUUGCUUUCUGGGGCUUCAAUGGAAUCCUUCUGGUGGCUGAUAUAACAGGAAAGCCAACUUUCAUAACUCGCUAUCGCAUUCAGCUGGGCAAGAAUGAUCCUGUGGACACAAAGAAACUGUGGAAAGCCAUCUACACAGUGCUGGGUAAUCAGUUCUUUAUCUCCUUUCCCAUGCUUGUGCCCAUGUUCUACAUCAUGAAAUGGUGGGACAACACCUUCAGCAAGGAAUUACCAACCUUCCAGUGGUUUCUUGUGGAGCUAAGCAUUUUUACUGUAUUAGAGGAAAUUCUCUUCUAUUAUUCACACAGGCUUGUUCACCACCCAGUGCUGUAUAAGCACAUUCACAAGAAGCACCACGAGUGGACAGCCCCCAUCGGUGUGGUCUCCAUUUAUGCUCACCCAAUAGAACACAUAAUCUCCAACACUCUGCCUGUGAUGACUGGCCCGAUGAUCAUGGGAUCUCAUAUAGUUUCAAUCUCAGCAUGGUUCUCCAUUGCUCUUGUAACAACAAGCAUUUCUCACUGUGGCUACCACCUGCCCCUCCUGCCAUCUCCAGAGUUCCACGACUUCCACCACCUCAAAUUCAACCAGUGCUAUGGAGUGCUGGGAGUGCUGGAUUUUCUGCAUGGUACAGACAAAAUGUUCAGACAAACCAAAGCCUUUGAGAGACACAAGGUCCUGCUCAGCCUCACGCCGCUCUCUGAAAGCAUCCCUGAUCCACCCAAGAAAGAUGAAUGAACCAGCCCAGCUGCUCUUGCCCAGCCUGGUGACGAGCAGAGUGAGACAAUGAUUUAUGCCAAAUAGUAUUUUGAUCAGGAAACAAGUUCUUGUCCACACAUAACAAAACAUGAAGUUAAAUAUGCCACUUGAAACUACUGCA